CGCUGACUGCUCCCCAGUUUCCGUAGGGAAGCGCCGGGCUACCGCAGCUAUUGUGCGUCGCGCUGUUGCCCUCCUCUUCCCGUUCGGGCGUCUUUGGAGGAAGGCUACGUUUCAUUGUCGCCCGGCUUAACACCUCUGGCGCUUAGCAGGACAACAGGCCGCUCCCUCGGACCAGGAAGAACUUUAGGAGACGGCAGAUUCUGGUAAAGAGACCCUAGGGUGCAAGUAAGAUACAGUUUAAGGAACCCGAGUACCCUGCCUCGGUACAUGGGCUUCGCCGGGGAAGGGCGGAGGCGCUGGCUUUAAGAAGGGGGAGGGGACAGUGCACUCCGGGUUACCCGCGGAGCUCGGCAAAGGAAAUUUUGGGCUGGCUCGGCAGUUGGGAGCAAGGAGAGGCACCUCCCACGCUCAGCGCUCACCCCCGCCUACACCCUGGGCGGGCCAAAGUGUCACGUUUGCAGUUGCUCGGGAAGGAUCCAGCCGCUCUCCGGAGAAGAGACGAGUUGGUUUCUGCUGCUUGUAAGGGGAGCUAUGACUAGGGGGCAUGUUGCUUGUUAAGCAGCACCCCGCCGGGAUCCAACUACGUUAGUUAGCUCUCCCCGUCACCUGAAGCAAUCGCCGGGCCGCCCGUUUCCGGUACAGACCAGCCAGCUCUCCCCAGGAAUCUCAUCUGAACAGAACCAUGGGGCAUCCCCCGCUGGAGUUCAGCGACUGCUACCUGGACAGUCCUGAUUUCCGUGAGAGGCUCAAGUGUUAUGAGCAGGAACUGGAGAGGACCAAUAAAUUCAUCAAAGAUGUGAUCAAAGACGGCAACGCGCUUAUCAGCGCAAUGAGAAAUUAUUCCUCUGCUGUUCAGAAAUUUUCUCAGACAUUGCAGUCCUUUCAGUUUGAUUUCAUUGGAGAUACACUGACUGAUGAUGAGAUUAACAUUGCUGAAUCCUUCAAAGAAUUUGCUGAAUUGCUCAACGAAGUAGAAAACGAGAGGAUGAUGAUGGUACACAAUGCUAGUGAUUUGCUGAUCAAACCCCUGGAAAAUUUCCGGAAGGAACAAAUAGGCUUCACAAAGGAGCGGAAAAAGAAAUUUGAAAAGGAUGGAGAGAGGUUUUAUUCCUUGCUGGAUCGGCACUUACAUCUGUCUUCCAAAAAGAAAGAAUCUCAGUUACAAGAGGCAGACCUCCAGGUGGACAAGGAGAGGCACAAUUUCUUUGAGUCGUCCCUUGAUUAUGUUUAUCAAAUCCAGGAAGUUCAAGAGUCUAAGAAGUUCAAUAUUGUGGAGCCAGUCUUGGCCUUUCUUCAUAGCCUCUUCAUUUCCAACAGCUUGACUGUGGAACUAACACAGGAUUUCCUCCCGUAUAAACAACAGCUUCAGCUCAGUUUACAGAAUACAAGAAAUCAUUUCUCCAGUACCCGAGAAGAGAUGGAAGAACUUAAGAAAAGGAUGAAAGAAGCUCCACAGACAUGCAAACUUCCAGGACAGCCAACCAUUGAAGGCUAUCUCUAUACGCAAGAGAAAUGGGCUUUGGGAAUAUCCUGGGUGAAAUACUACUGCCAAUAUGAGAAAGAGACCAAAACGUUCACUAUGACGCCUAUGGAUCAGAAGCCAGGUGCUAAGCAGCAGGGGCCCUUGGACUUAACCCUGAAGUACUGCGUGAGAAGGAAGACGGAGUCUAUCGAUAAGAGAUUCUGUUUCGAUAUAGAAACAAAUGAAAGACCAGGAACCAUCACUCUGCAAGCUCUUUCAGAAGCUAACAGAAGACUAUGGAUGGAGGCUAUGGAUGGGAAAGAACCUAUCUACCACAGCCCUAUAACAAAACAGGAAGAAAUGGAACUGAAUGAAGUGGGGUUCAAGUUUGUUAGGAAGUGCAUCAAUAUAAUUGAGACCAAAGGAAUCAAGACAGAGGGAUUGUACCGUACCGUGGGCAGCAAUAUUCAGGUUCAGAAGCUGCUGAAUGCCUUUUUUGGUAACAAUUUUAAUUUCAUAAUUCUUUUGGAGAGUUGUUUGUAUAUUAGAAAGAAAUAUGGCUAUAAGAGAAAGGAGACAUUGAUAAAGUGUUUGGAACUUAAACAGUUGCCAGCUCUGUGUGAGUUCUGGGUAUUCUUCAGAAUAAAGCUUCUUGCAUUGUUGUGUUUUAACUCAGUGACCUGGGGCAAGCUGCUUCAUCAUUCUCUGUCUCAGUGCAGUGUAUGUGAGCACAGCAAAGAGAAUCUUAUGACCCCCUCUAACAUGGGGGUGAUCUUUGGGCCCACUCUCAUGAGAGCUCAGGAGGACACUGUGGCUGCCAUGAUGAACAUCAAAUUCCAGAAUAUUGUGGUGGAAAUCCUAAUUGAGCACUUUGUCAAGAUCUAUUCAGGUCCACCUGAGGAAAGUACUGCACCCCCAGUGCCUCCACCUCGAGUAACAGCAAGAAGACACAAACCAAUUACAAUUUCAAAGCGCUUGCUACGGGAAAGGACAGUUUUCUAUACUUCUUCCCUGGAUGAAAGUGAAGAUGAAAUUCAACAUAGAACACCCAAUGGUACUAUCAUCAGCAGCAUAGAACCCCCCAAGCCACCACAAUACCCCAAAAUGCCUAUGCAAAAAAGUGUGGAAGCAGAUCCUGGGAGGAAGUCCCCAAGCAGGCUUGUUUCAGAUGUCAAGUUGGAGACCUGCCUCGAGGUGGACGUGGGGAAAUUGGUGUCUAGGCUGCAGGAUGGAGGGACCAAGGCCAUACCAAAGGCCAGCAAUGGACCUAUGCCAGGCCCUGGGACCACUAAGGCCCCCUCUUUCCACAUAAAGAGAUCAGCACCUCGGCCCCUGGCUCACCACAAGGAGGGAGACUCUGACAGUUUCAGCAAAGUGCGGCCUCCGGGAGAAAAGCCAACCAUCAUCAGACCCCCAGUGAGGCCUCCAGACCCUCCCUGCCGGGCAACUACUUCCCAGAAACCAGAACCAAAGCCAGAUGUUAUGGCUGGCAAUGCAGGGGAAAUCCCAUCAUCUGUAGUGGCUUCCAGGACCAGAUUCUUUGAAACAGCUUCCCGGAAAACAGGAAGUUCUCAAGGCAGACUUCCUGGAGAUGAGAGUUGAGGCCUCAGGUUGUAAAAUCCUUGGCCUCAGGGGACCCUUUCCAGGUUCUAGAAGGGUCUUCUUCAAAUCCUUGUGUGCUGAAGAGCAGAUUCUUCCUGUCCCUGCACCUUCAGGCUCUGGGAGGCUAUAAAAUAAGGGGCACAUGUCCUAUACACAUUUAUUUCUCCUUUGUAUUCUCUCUUCAUUCCCCUAGAAGGUCUAUCUUGAGCUCCUAUAAGACUGUGAAUGGCUGAACUUCCUCAAGCCAGACUGCAGAAACCAAGCUGUCCACUGACCUGAGUCGAAGAGAGGAGCUCAGUUUUCAACUGUUUUCUGAACUUCCUGCCUCCUCAAAAGGCCAUCUAUCUCUGAAAGAUUUGGGGCUAAAGAUUGAUCUUAGAAGUCUUACCCUGAACUAAAAAUUACUUGAGUUGGGGCCAUUGCUUACCUUGGAAGUAAGGGAGUAGGAAUGUUUGCUGAACUUCGGAGGCUCUUACCAUGUCUCUCUUACUGAAGAUAUGGACUUUAGUGCCAGUUUGGAGCUCUGGCAUAGUACUACAUUGCCAAGAAUGCAUCUGCUGCUAUGGCCCAGACAGAAAGAGUGAUGCCUCUAUAAUCCCUCCAAUGUGGACUCAGGAAGGUGCCCUUCCUGCUUUUAUAUACUUAGGACAAAUCUGCAAAGCAUGUUUUGCAUGUCAAAGCCUAUGUCUGUUUGAAUUAUUCUUCUUCCUGCUUUGUCCUAACAGCUUCCUUUCCAAGCAAUCAGAAAGAAACAAAUGUUUAAAACAGUUCUUUUUUUUUUUUAAGGCAGACUGUGUUUGUUCUGUAGGAGUUCCAUUUUGGGAUCAAAUGCUGGGGAAAAUUGUUAAGAUGGAUAAAGGCCAGGUAGUUGUCAUUGUUGUUUCAUGUUUGCUUUUUGAAGAUAAGCUCUUUUAUCGCCUGAAAGAAACAGUUCUUAACCCAUUAUCUAUGGACUCAGGAACUUCAUAAAGCCUCUGAAAUGGUAUGUAGACUUGCACAACAGUGUGCCUUUUCUGAGGAAAUGGGCCAUAACAUUCUAGUGAAUUGCAAAUUGGACCUGUGACAUAAUAAAGAUUAAGAACCACAGCCCUUGAGACAAAAGACUCUUUUUACAAUUCCUAAAAUAAUUGAUUAGAAAGGCCUUUCAGUAUUAUUUAGUCAAACUGCUUAGUUUACUAUUGGGGAAACUGAGGCAGAGAAAGUUAGCAGCUGUGCCUAAACAAGAUCCAAUAUCCCUACUCAAGGUUCUUUCAAUUAUACCAUGCUUAUCAAGCAAAGGGCCUCAUGAUUGGUAGCUUUAGGGACCACCAUUUUGAGAGUUUGGCUUUUACCCUCCUUCUUGAGCCACAAAUGGGACUUCCAGAACUAAGUUCCUGGUCUUCCUCAUUUGAUGUUUCAAUCAUUGAAAAGGAACUAAAACACAAUUAAUUAGUGAAGUGAGUCAGAAAUCUGACAAGUAGACAUUUCUGAUCCCUAUUUGUUGAAGAGAAGCUGCUGGAAAAAGUGUCACCACUUGUUUCCACACAGGUGCCUUGAUUUAAGGAUAGGUUUUAAGAUAGCCUGUCUUUCAGUUCAGUUCAGUUGCUCAGUCAUGUCCGACUCUUUGCGACCCCGUGAACCGCAGCACACAUGGCCUCCCUGUCCAUCACCAACUCCUGGAGUUCACUCAAACUCAUGUCCAUCGAGUUGGUGAUGCCAUCCAGCUAUCUGCUCUGUCGGAUCUGUGUAAUUAUUGGGUUGACCAAAAAUUCAUUCAGGUUUUUCCAUAUGAUGAUACAGAAAAACCCAAAUGAACUUUUUGACCAGCCCAAUAUAAUGUGGUCCAGUGUGAGAGAAAGGACUUUCCUAUUGGACUCUUCUAGCAAGGCCCCACUAGUGCACUUACUAUAGUACCGAGAAGAAGCAUAGACAUGGGGAAAAGAGGAGGCGAGAGAUGGGAUGAUGAGAAGAGAAUGCACACAUGCACUAACCAACUCUGAGAUGCCUUUGGAACAGUGUUACUGAAAGGCAAUAGCUACUUUCAAGAUUUAACUCUGCUGUUGCCGCUGCUGCUAAGUUACUUCAGUCGUGUCUGACUCUGUGCAACCCCAUAGACGGCAACCCACCAGGCUCGCCCAUCCCUGGGAUUCUCCAGGCAAGAACACUAGAGUGGGCUGCCGUUUCCUUCUCCAAUGCGUGAAAGUGAAAAGUGAAAGUGAAGUCACUCAGUUGUGUCCGACUUUUCAUGACCCCAUGGACUGCAGCCUACCGGGCUCCUCCGCCCAUGGGAUUUUCCACGCAAGAGUACUGGAGUGGGUUGCCAUUGUCUUUUCUGAGAUUUAACUCUAAAUAUGGCUUAUUGAUGAGUUAGUGACAUGUUAUCUGACAUAAACACACUGAGAACCUUUGUGGAAAUAAUUUAGUAGAAAUUUGACAACAUUCUUAAUGAAGGUGUAUCCAAGUGGCCAUAUUGAACUCUCAGCUCUACCCAGUCUCAAAGGCCAAGUUGCUAAGAAACCAGGAGCAAGUAAGCCAAGUGGCUACCAUUCUACCUGCUGCUCACCCCCAAACAGAAUCUCUGUGAGGCCUGGUGGACUCAGUCAGGAAGUACUCAUUGAGCCCUAAUCUCAGAGCUGUGGACUCUCUGCUCUGUUCCAUUAGAUGACUAACUAAACCAAGCAGGUAUGCAGAUUUUAGCCACAGAAGCAGUGUCCAUUCAAGCCUCAGUACUUUUGAAGAUAUUAGAGAUAUGGUUCCACUGUGGUUUCCUUGGGGGGAAAUUCCACAAUCAAUUUUUAUUCCACCAUAAAUAUUGAGAGAUUAUUGAGAACCAGAGAAAGUGAAAGUCACUCAGUUGUGUCCAACUCUUUGCGACCCCAUGGACUGUACAGUCCAUGGAAUUCUCCA